AUGCUCAUAUUUUUUCAAGUGGAUUUCGAUUUAUUUAAAAAAGAAUUUAGUGUUUUAGGAAGAACUGGUAUUGGUUUAGCUAUUGUUGGUGGUGUGAUUAAUUGUAUGCUUUAUAAUGUUGAUGGUGGUCAUCGAAAUGUUAUUUUUGAUCGUUUUCAAGGUGUUGAACUAGAUGUUAUUGAAGAAGGAACUCAUUUUAUGAUUUCAUGGCUUCAUAGACCAAUUAUAUUUGAUAUUCGUACACGACCACGAUCUGUUCCAUCAAUAAUAGAAAUAAAAGGUAUCUUAAAAAAUUUUGUGGCCAUCGAUGGCGACUCAACUGAUCGGUUAGAUUUACAAACAAUUAAUAUAACAUUACGUAUUCUUUAUCAACCAAGAGCUGAACUUUUACCAAAAAUUUUUACAAAUUUGGGUUUAGAUUAUGAAGAACAUGUUUUACCAUCGAUUAUUAAUGAAGUUUUAAAAUCUGUUGUACUAAGUCUCAAUUUGAUGCUAUUCAAUUGA